CCUCAGUGCGGAGCCCUCGGCGGUAAGAGGAGGAGCGGCCUCGGACAGCAUAGCGCGUAGCAGCAACGGCAGCCGGAGCCGGAGCCCUGAGCUAGAGCCACACCCACGUCGCUGCCCCUUUCGCCGCCCCCCUCGGAAGCCGCAUUCCGGCAGGAGAGGCGGCCGCCCACGCCCGGAGCAUCCUCCUCAGUCGAGCGGGCGCUGACGGACCCGGCGGCAUGAUGCGGCUGCGAGGCUCCACGAUGCUGCGGGACCUGCUCCUGCGUUCGCCCGCCGUCGCUGGUGCGGCGCUGAGGCGGGCGCAGCCCCUCGCCACUCUGUGCCAGCGCCCCCGGAGCGGGGGGAGGCCGGCCGCGGGCUCAGCGGCCGCUGCGCGGCUCUACCGGUGGUGGGGCGGGGGCGGCCGGCCGGCGGGACCCCUCGCGCGGGGCCUGUCCAGCUCCCCCUCGGAGAUCCUGCAGGAGCUGGGCAAGGGAGGCGCGCAGCCGCAGCCCGGGGCGUCGCCGCCCGCGGCCCCGCCGGCGUCCAGCCCCAAGGACGGCCCCGGGGAGACGGACGCGUUCUGCAACAGCGAGGGCAAGGAGCCGGCGGCCGCAGGCGAAAAUAAAAUAAAACAGGGCCUGUUACCUAGUUUGGAAGACUUGCUGUUUUAUACAAUUGCGGAAGGACAAGAGAAAAUACCUGUUCAUAAAUUUAUUACAGCACUCAAAUCUACAGGAUUGCGAACGUCUGAUCCCAGGUUGAAAGAGUGUAUGGAUAUGUUAAGAUUAACUCUUCAAACAACAUCAGAUGGUGUCAUGCUAGACAAAGAUCUUUUUAAAAAAUGUGUUCAAAGCAACAUUGUUUUAUUGACACAAGCCUUUAGAAGAAAGUUUGUCAUUCCUGACUUUAUGUCUUUUACCUCACACAUCGAUGAGUUAUUUGAAAGUGCCAAAAAGCAGUCCGGAGGAAAGGUUGCAGAUUAUAUUCCUCAACUGGCCAAGUUCAGUCCUGAUUUGUGGGGUGUAUCAGUUUGUACAGUAGAUGGACAGAGGCAUUCAAUUGGAGACACCAAAGUUCCCUUUUGUCUUCAGUCCUGUGUAAAACCUUUGAAGUACGCCAUUGCUGUUAAUGACCUUGGAACAGAAUAUGUGCAUCGAUAUGUUGGAAAAGAGCCGAGUGGAUUAAGAUUCAACAAACUAUUUUUAAAUGAAGAUGACAAGCCACACAAUCCUAUGGUAAAUGCCGGAGCAAUUGUUGUGACUUCCUUAAUAAAGCAAGGAGUAAAUAAUGCUGAGAAAUUUGACUAUGUGAUGCAGUUUUUGAAUAAGAUGGCUGGUAAUGAAUAUGUUGGAUUCAGUAAUGCCACGUUUCAGUCUGAAAGAGAAAGUGGAGAUCGGAAUUUUGCAAUAGGAUAUUACUUAAAAGAAAAAAAGUGUUUUCCAGAAGGCACAGACAUGGUUGGUAUAUUAGACUUCUAUUUCCAGCUAUGCUCCAUUGAAGUGACUUGUGAAUCAGCCAGUGUGAUGGCUGCAACACUGGCUAAUGGUGGCUUUUGCCCAAUUACUGGUGAAAGAGUAUUGAGCCCUGAAGCUGUUCGAAAUACACUGAGUUUGAUGCAUUCCUGUGGCAUGUAUGAUUUCUCAGGGCAGUUUGCUUUCCAUGUUGGUCUUCCUGCAAAAUCUGGAGUUGCUGGGGGCAUUCUUUUAGUUGUCCCCAAUGUCAUGGGCAUGAUGUGCUGGUCUCCUCCUCUGGACAAGAUGGGCAACAGUGUUAAGGGAAUUCAUUUUUGUCAUGACCUUGUUUCUCUGUGCAAUUUCCAUAAUUAUGAUAAUCUGAGACACUUUGCAAAAAAACUUGAUCCUCGAAGAGAAGGUGGUGAUCAAAGGCAUUCCUUUGGACCAUUGGACUAUGAAAGUCUCCAGCAAGAACUUGCUUUAAAAGAGACAGUAUGGAAAAAAGUGUCACCUGAGUCAAAUGAGGACAUCUCUACAACUAUAGUAUAUAGAAUGGAAAAUCUGGGAGAGAAAAGCUAAAGAAAGGAGUCAUAGUUUCAGAAUGUUCUUCAUUUAACCUUUCAAACAUAUUUAGCUUUUUGCAUACUAUAAAUAUUUAUUUGAGUUUUUUGUGUGUGUGUGUGUGUUCUCAACCUUGGAUGCUAGAGCCAUAAAUCUUUUUUUUUAAUUUUUGUGUAAAGAUAAUAGAUUAAAAAGUGGAUUUGUUGGUCUUUUAAAAAGUAUUUACAAAUAGAGCAAGUUACUUUCUUUUAAAGAAAAAAUACAAAAAGGAAAAUUUUUCUUCAAUUUUUUCUUGGUAUAAUUAAAAUUUUAGACUAUGUAGUCAGAUAAUUUCAUUUUAAAAUAAUAACAGAAAACUGUAAUUUCUUAGAUUUGAAACUCCCCAUGUUGGACUUGUAAGUUUCAUUGCGUUUUGUUUUUUCUCUUUCAGUUUUAAAACUGACAUGAUGUCUAUAGUAGCAGUAGAAAGUAAUUGUAUGGUAAAUAUAUAACUAAAGAAGGAAAAAUAAUGAAUCCCAAAUUAUUUUACUUAAAAUAGCAGUAAAUUAUAAAAUUAGCUUAAAUUUACAUUUAUACUAUUUUUAAUGGUAGAUUAGCUUUAAAUUUUUUAACAUUCAUUUUAAAUUUUAUCAAACAUCGCUUGGUUAUUUAACCCUAUUAAAUAUGUCGUCUCCUCACUUUUUUGCUUUGCAACUUCUAUGCUCAUUUAUUCUGUAAGAAUUGCCAUAUACAGGAGUGUCUUACCUUACCCAAACAUUCCAGCCAAAGAAUUUCAGAUGUGAAGUAAUGACAUUUUCGUUGUUAAAAAGCUAUAAUGGUUAGUUACUCAGAAGGAAAGACAGUGUCUUAAGUGAAAUGUUCACCUGAACAAUUUUAUUUUCAUAUUAUCCACUUAACUUUUUCUGUUAUAUUUAAGUAUGAAUGGCAAAUCUUGGUUUUUAGCAUUUAAUAAUUUUAUUAUCCUAAUAAUUUCAUAAAUGCUAAUGAAUAUUUCUUUUAUGAUAACCUAUAACAUCUCAAAGUCUGUUUAAUUUGAAUUCUUUUAGAGUACUUAAGAAAUGAAUUCAGUCUGAAGGUAGUAAGUAUACUACUAAAAUAUCUAUUAGAUUUGAAUCUUUUCGUUCAGUUAUGAAAAUGCAGUAUUGAGAAUCAACACUUUUUUAAGAGAAGAACUUUAGAUUCUACAUAGCAUGGUUUCAAAUAAUAAUUCACAGUAUAUAAAGGCUCUCUUAGCAAAGCAAUUGUAAAAUUCUGUAGGAGCUAUUCACACUUCUUCCUCCCUCCACAGUUCUUUGAAGUGUUUUUUGUUUGUUUUUUAAUUCAUUUUUAAGCUUGUAAAUUUUUUAUUUGGGGAUUAGUGUCUUUAGAUCAUGGCAUAUAUAUGGUAGGGCAAAGUCUGUAAAAAGUAAAUACAGUAUAGCAAAAAAGAUUUCACUAGGUAAUUUAGGUACUAGUGUAAAUAUAACCCAAACACCAAACCCACUGCCGUUGAGUCAAUUCUGACUCAUAGUGACCCUAUAGGACAGAGUAGUACUGCCCUGUAGAGUUUCCAAGGAGCACUUGGCGGAUUUGAACUGCCAUCCUUUUGGUUAGCAGCCGUAGCACUUACCCAUUAUGCUAGCAGGGUUUCCAGUGUAAAUAUAGAUACAGAAAAUCCUGAUCACAUGAGGCCUUGAGUUUGAGGACUGUGAUGUUAGGAACAGAAAUUCUCUCCCAAAGGUGCUGGUAAAAAACCUUUUGGGCUAACUUAAAGUAUUAAAUUUAUGUAUUUAAAUAAUUAGGUAUUUAGUUUUAGAGGAUUUUACGGUUACUUGAAUGUUCUCAUGUACAGAUGCAUAUCCUAACUGGAUGAUCUGGUUCAGCCAUUUACAAUAGAAUGGUUCUUCAUGGCCUUGCCACUGCUCUGCCUUUGGACAGUGCCAUAUUUGUACUAGUUCCACCAGAGCUGUUUGUGGUUUGGGCAAGUGAAUGCCCUGAUAGUUUGGAAAGAGGUCUUUAGUUUUUUUCCGCUCUGCUCUGAAUUCUAACAUUUUGUUAUUUCAUUUAGAGGCUAGUUUUACUUUAUAAAAUGAAGAAGUGGUAAAAUGACUAUUAUUAAGACAGUAAAGCAAGUUGUCUUCUGAAUAACCGUUAUAUUUGAUGUUUCAUAUUGUGUGCAUAUUUGUUUAGAUUUCAAAAUUAGAUUGUUAAUUUGUAGUACUUCUAAAUGCUUAAAUACAUACUUAUAAAUGAAGUAGUUAUCUAAGCUAUUGUGUUCGUAGAAUGUUACAAUGGCCAUCUAGAAAUUAAAAAAUGGACUUUUAUUAUUUUUCACUGGAGGAAGGAAUGAAUGGAAGGAGGAAGACAUUGUGAAUAGGCUCCCAAACAUUACUUUAAAAGAAAAGGAAAAAAAAAAAAAAAACUUUGCCAGAUUUAAGGACAUUGAAUCCUUUAGUAUUUUUAAUACCUUUUCAAAUAAACUUCCUGAAAAGUACUCAGUAUUGUUGGGUUUAAUUAAUUUCUUUUAUGCCAUUACCGAUUCUUGAUAUUCAAGCAUUUAGAAAUUAGCAUAUUCGUUUUUCUGGGGGGGGCAUCAUUAACAUUUCAUUUGAAAUGCAAAUUAUCCCUGAAAUACUUUGUUUUCAGCAUAAAUGUUGUGCAUUUUAUCUUAGUGUUUGGAUUAAAACAUUUGUGUUGUUUAGCUUUCUUUCAUUUGCUUUGUAUAUUUAAUAAUGUAUCUUUUAUUUUCCAGUGUGCCUAUUUUUUGUAUUGUACAAUAAAUUUGUUUUAAGCUGAUUUUAUUGUUUUUUUUUUUUUUUUGAUGAAAGAAACUCCAACAUUUUAAGUACAACAAGCAAUUGGAAUUUUAACUUAGAAAAAAUUAUUCGUUAUGAAAUUACUAUUAAAAUAUUUUUAAUGAAUUCUGAGGCUAUUGUGAAGAGAAACUAGAAAUACUCAAAAGGUCUUCAUUUGAUAUAUAUAAUUUUUUUAAUGCAGACGAGUGUUGGGACUUUGGCGGGGACGUUUUUUUAUUAGAUGUACUAUAAGUAUUUAAAUAAAGACUUUUCUCCAAAUUUUUGUUGUUUUCCAUUUGAUAAGUCUGAAACAAAAAAUACAGCCCAAAUUUACAGGUUCUUUCUGCUUUGUGAGGAAAAAUAUUAAUUGAUAUUAUUCACUAUAUGACCUUACUUUAUCUGUUGUUGCCUAAAACUUAGAAAAAAACAUAUUGCUAAAUUAAAUGAAGAGUAUCAUAAUAUUGCUUUAGACUAAAAAUGCAUUGCCAUGGAGUCGAUUCUAACUCAUAGUGACCCUAUAGGACAGAGUAGAAUUGCCCCACAGAGUUUCCAAAGAGCACCUGGUUGGUAGCAACAGCCGACCUUUUGGUUGGCAACCAUACCACUUAACCACUCCACCACCAGGGUUUCCUGCUUUAAAAAAAAAAAAAAAAAAGAA